AUGUACGGCAACAUGCUGGUCAACUGCUCCAACUGCCGCACCCCUCUGCAGCUGCCACCUGGCGCCGGAUCCAUCCGCUGCGCCCUCUGCCACGCUGUCACUCUCGUCGCCGAUCCACGCGCCGUCCCUCCUCAGCCUCCGGCCUCACUCCACGCGCCUUCGCCGCCAUCCCCCUAUAACCACGCGCCACCCGGGCCCCCACCCAACCCCAACGGCCGCAAGAAGGCCGUCAUCGUUGGCAUCUCGUACCGGUUCUCGAGGCACGAGCUCAAGGGAUGCAUCAACGACGCUAAGUGCAUGAAAUACCUUCUCAUCAACAAGUUCAGUUUUCCAGAAUCUUCUAUCAUUAUGCUCACCGAAGAAGAAGAUCCCCAUGGCCCCAAAUUUCCAUCCAAGCACAACAUUAGGAUGGCGAUGUAUUGGCUUGCACAAGGAUGUCAACCUGGAGACUCCCUGGUUUUUCAUUAUUCUGGUCAUGGUUCACAGCAGAGGAACUAUAGUGGUGAUGAAGCUGAUGGAUAUGAUGAAACGCUAUGUCCCCUAGAUUUUGAAACGCAGGGUAUGAUUGUAGAUGAUGAGAUCAAUGCAGCACUUGUCAGACCCAUUCCUCAUGGAGUUAGGCUACAUGCACUAAUUGAUGCCUGCCACAGUGGCACUGUUCUAGAUUUGCCAUUUCUUUGCAGAAUGAACAGGAGUGGACAAUAUACAUGGGAGGACCAUCGCCCUAGGUCUGGUGUAUGGAAAGGAUCUAGUGGCGGAGAAGUUAUUUGCUUCAGCGGAUGCGAUGAUGAUCAAACUUCCGCUGAUACAUCAGCUCUUUCGAAGAUUACAUCGACUGGGGCAAUGACAUUUUGCUUCAUCCAAGCCAUAGAGGGUGGACAUGGGGCUACCUAUGGCAGCAUUCUUACUGCAAUGCGCACUGCCAUCAGAAAUGUUGGCGGUGGUGGUGGUGGUAUUGGGGGUGGUGAUGUGGUAACAUCUCUUCUCUCCAUGCUUUUGACCGGAGGUAGUCUAAGUGCUGGUGGACUGAGACAGGAACCGCAGUUAACAGCUUGCGAACCAUUUGAUGUUUAUAGAAAACCUUUUUCAUUAUGA